AGUGAAGUGGAAUUAAGAGGAAAUUUCGGGACCAUGAACAGCCACUCGGCGACCAAAAAAAGCCACAUUGUGAUGGUGGCACUUGCGGAUCCCAAGCGACGUGGCUUUGUGGACGAGCAGGGUCUGGCGAGCGAUGUUAGACUCUUGGACAACAAGUCGAUCUUGCUGAAGAUGCAGCCGACCGCAGGAAAGUCGACGAACUUCGUGGAGCCACCUCGCUACUACCGCCACUUGGAGUUCGACGCCAUUGGCUACGAUUUUGAGCCCCAUAUCAGGUCCGAAUUGGGCGACUUGAUUACUCAGAUGUUCCGCCACCACCGUCAUGGCAGUCUGCUGCGUCUCUCGUCCCACAGGAACCACAGUCCCCUCCUGCUGACCCGUCUGCUGGUCACUGAGGUGGACAAGCUUAUGGUCGAGAUGCGCUUCCGGCUGAAGUCAGUGAACAUCGACUACUUCGACGUGCGCAAGUUCGACAUGGUGAACAUGCUGGUGGAGCCCGCAGCGGUUCCCACUCGCAGGAGGGUUACCCCGUGCGGGAAGAGCGUCUCCAGCACCAGGGAGCUCUUCCAGUGGAUAGUUAACGACUUCACCCCGUUGAGAAGUCGUGGAGUGGGAGAUGAAUACGUGGACUUUGAGUUUGUUUACCGGGACAGCAUGGCGGAGCAGCACAGGAUCCAUCUGUCCCUGUUCAGCAUAUUCGGGAGCGAGAGCCGGUCCGACUUGGUGGAGUUCUUCAGGAGCUUGCCGCAGGGAAGGCAGAAUGGGAGCACCCUCCUGAACGACUGCCUGAAGGAGUCCUUCGACCUGAAGUCCCCCGCUCCAACGGUUGUGUUGUUCGAGUUGCCCAUAUCCCCCGACUUGGUUGAGGCGAGGCGAAAGAUCCUGAAGCUGGCGGACGUGGCCUACGGAGCCCUGGAGAGAACCCGAAAGGUUUUGGCAAAAUCGGAAUCGAAGAGUGUUUUGCAGAGCUUCGUAAGCCUAACCAAGGGAGGCAGGGCCUAUGGAGGUCAGUGUCAGGUGAAAUCAGAUAUUUCCUUGGCCCACUGGCGCCGCACUGCCAGAUUCUCGGACGAGGACUACAACGGGCUGGCCUAUUGGUACGGCCGCAUCGACUCCAAGUUCGCGGCGCUCAAACUAGCCAUGGAGCAGCACUUUGUGGACCUGUACCGGAGGAAAAGUCUAGACCUUCGCAGCGAGAUCAGGUCGAUCAACCUCGACUUGAGCGAGGAUAACGAUGAAAGCGGCGGCGAUCGAGCGAGGCCCCAAAGGCCACCAAUCGCGUUGGACUCCUCCAGGAAGGCAUACACAGCCUUGAAGAAGGAGUUCAAGAAGAUCGAGCUGGAAGCUGAGAAAACAGUUUAUGCCCCUACCUUGAAGGUCUACAUCAGCACGAAGUGCUACGAGUUAUCCGAGGCGGAGAGGACCCUCAGGCAGAAGGAGAUCGAGAACCUGAGGCUCGGCUUGAUUCAGUUCAUCACCACCCCCGACUCAAGCAUUUCCGGGGAGUAGAAGUUUAACCAGACGCCACCCAGCCAUCGUGAUGUCUAGUGAAACUCCUCUUUCCCCAGGGAAACAUCGAAGCACAUACUUUGUCAAUUUACUUUACUUGAUCGAUCUUUUGCAGAAAGACAGAGGUUUUGUAGGGUAUACAUAUAAUAUAAUAUACAUUUAUAUAUAAAUACAAUAUUAUUGUCAACAAUA